AUGACUUUGAACACUUUCCAUCUCGCCGGUGUUUGUAACAACAAUGUCACUCUGGGAUUUCCAAGACUUAAAGAGAUCAUUAAAGUUGCUAAGAACUUGAAAACUCCCAGUAGGAAGGUGUAUCUGCAUCCGGGCUAUGCCUCUGAUGAUGCCAAGGCCAAGCAGGUGCUAACUGUGGCGUAUAUGAUCGACGAUAGCAAUGGUGUGUUUGGGGAAAUUCACGUUGUAUACCCAGAUCCUAUUUCAUCCAGAUGUUCGCACAUCUAUUCUGGGGGAAGACAGGCAGCUGGUGGAGGUGGA